GCCAACGGAAAGGAGAUCCGGUUAAUGCAUUUGACAACUUAAAACUGGUAACCAAACAUUCGAAAAUUUCGAUAGAAACAAAGCCAACAAAUCUCAACAAACAAACAACGACAAGGAAAAUACAGAGACAACUAUAAAACAACAACUCCAUCGUUUCCAGUCUUUGUACACUUAUUAUUAGAGCUACACUUGUUUCUCUCUUCCCCCCCACAUACACACCCUCCUCGUGCUCUUCUUUUAUUUUAUUUUUGUCUUUUUUUUCUUCUUCUUUUAUAUCUCUUCUGUGUGUUCCUUCCAGUUCUUGUUGAACCAUAAUCAAAUGGCCUCUAUUACAGGAGCUUCUUCCGUCUCCAUGACAAGGUCUCUUAAGUUUAAUACCCAGGCACCAAGCAAUGGGUUCUCUAGUCUGAGGUCUAUUUCACUUCCCAUUAGUGGGAGAAGCUUUCCCUCCCUUACAUUGCGACAGGGAGCAUCUCGCUUCCGUGUCUCCUGUGCGGCCAAACCCGACACACUGAACAAAGUGUGUGAAAUUGUGAGGAAGCAGCUUGCUCUGACACCUGACACUGUUGUCAAUGGAGAGUCAAAGUUUGUUGCACUAGGAGCUGAUUCUCUUGACACGGUUGAGAUUGUAAUGGGACUCGAGGAGGAAUUUGGAAUCAGCGUGGAAGAAGAAACAGCCCAGAGUAUCGUCACUGUUCAAGAUGCAGCAGAUCUGAUUGAGAACCUUAUUGAAAAGAAAGCUUAAAAAAUGCAUUGAGGGAGUUGAAGAUAUAGUUCUAUUAUUUAUAUUCAAGUUUAGUUAUAUAUUUUCGUUUUUCUUUUUUCCUGCGUGUUGCUUCUCUAGAGAACCCCAAAGAUAAAGAACUGAAACUCAUACUGAGGUUUUGCUCAAUUUCCUCUUUAUCUAAAUUAUCUGAAUAUUGAAAGAA